UCAAAAACUGUUGCACGCAUGCGCAGAACUACCGGUCCACAGAAAACGUUAAAUUCCAUUUUAAAUAGAGAUUAAAUGACUUUUAUGGCGUUUGGCGGCGGCUAGUUAAAGAUUAAAGGUUAAUAUUUAUCCCCUUUGACCCGGGUUAAGUGUUUGCUGAACUAACAGGUCGUCUUUGCGGUCCCGGUUAAUCAGAAUCCAGACGCUGCGCACGCAUGUCCGUCUUUGAAUGUUUGUUGACGUGCGUCAUCUACACCCAUGAGUUGCUCCCCGGAGUAGUUCGGAGUUUUUAUCCGCCUCAGAGUUUCCCUCCCGGCGUGGAAAUGGCCGCAGCGGCGGCGGUGGAACCUCCGGAGGAAAGCAGCGACAUGAAGGAGGACGCGCUAACAGGUGACUUUGAGGAGGAAGAAGAAGAGGAGGAGGAGGAGGCCGAGGAGUUCACCUGCUCGGCCUACUGCUCGGAGCUCUCUCGGCGGCAAAACGAGCAGAGGAAGGCCGGGCGCUUCUGCGACGUGACCCUGGUCCUGACGUCCGGGGAGGAGGACGGGGAGAGGACGCAGACCGUGUCCGCUCACCGCUCCGUGCUGUGGGCGGCGUCGCCGUACUUCGCGCUGCUCCUGGGGGGACAGUUCACCGAGUCCCUGACCGGCAGGGUGGAGCUGAGAGGAUGGAGCUCGGAGGAGGGCCCGGACCCCGAGACUGUGGAGAGCGUGGUGCAGUUCAUGUACACGGGAGAGGUCCGGGUCACCAGGGCCAACGUUCACCAAGUCCUGGAGCUCGCGGACAGGUUUCUUCUGGCGCAGCUGAAGAGCUUCUGUGCUGACUUCCUGUCAAAGAAGUUGACUCUGUCCAACUGCGUGGCCGUGCACAGCCUGGCUCACAUGUACUCUCUGGACCCGCUGGCCCAGUCCGCCGCGCAGAUGAUCAGGAGAAACUUCCACAAGGUGGUGCGCUGCGAGGAGUUCGACGCGCUCCCCUUUCACCUGGUGCGGGACUGGCUGUCGGACUCUGAGAUCGCCGUGGACUCGGAGCAGCAGCUGUUUGAGACUGUGGUGAAGUGGGUCAGCCAGAACCCGGAGGAGCGGGAGGGGCAUUUCGAGGAGCUCUUCAAGCUUUUACGGUUGCCUCAGAUGGCGCCGUCCUACCUGAUGGGUGUGGUCAGGAAGGAGCCUUUAGUGGCGAGCAGCGCGGCGUGCCAGCAGCUGGUGUCCGGCGCUCUGGAGUUUCUCGCCGUUUGGCAUGAGAGCCACAAGCCACCGGAGCUCGUUUACGCUUCCCCAACCGAGCCCCGCCUGGGCCAGUACAUGGACGUCGUCAUGGUGACGGGCGGGGUUUCAGAGGGCGAGGAGUACCUCAGUGAGUGCGUGGGCUACUUCGUCGAUGAAGACCGUUGGGUCAACCUGCCGCAUCUUCACAACCACCUGGACGGGCACGCCAUCGCCUGCUGCGACGGCCACCUGUACGUUUCCGGCUCCAUGGAGCCGAGUUUUGCCAAGAUGGUGGAACGCUACGCCCCCGGCCUGAACCGGUGGGAGCAGGUGAGCUCCCUGACCUCCCGGAAGCACUCGUUCGGCCUCAGCUGCGUCAGAGACGUGCUCUACAGCAUCGGAGGUCACGGGAACUUCAGUCCAGGCUUCAAGGACGUUUCCAUCUACAAACCUGAGCAGGAUGAGUGGAUCAGCCUGGAGCCGGCGCCGAAAAUCCUUCGCGACGUGAAAACGGUGAGCGUAGAGGAUCGCUUCGUCUACGUGAUGGCCCGGACCCCCGUCGACACGGAGCAGGACGACGGCCUGAGCACCGUGGUCACCUGUUAUGAUACGGAGACGUCGAAGUGGCAGGAAGUGCCAUCGUUGCCUCUGAUUGACAGCUACUCCCACUUUCAAAUGGCGGUGGCGUCCACGAACUUCUACCACACCGCCUCCUGCUGCCCCAAGAACUACAAAACCACAGCCGAGGCCGCUCAGCUGAGCAUCGGCGGCACCAUCGCGUACGACAUCCUGGACAGCCUCCCUCCGGAGGUCCUGUGCGUGGAAGGCGCCGCCAUCUGCCACUUCGACGACGACAUCUUCGUCAUCGGCGGGUGGAAGAACGGCCACGGCUUCGAGAAGCAGUACUGCAAAGACGUGUACCGCUACUCCUCCGAGAAGAAGCGCUGGCUGCUGCUGCCGCCGCUGCCUCAGCCUCGCUGCCGAGCCGCCGCCUGCCACCUCCGCAUCCCGUACCAGUUCCUCCGCGGACAGCAGCGCUACCCCGUCCCCCAGAACCUGGCUCGCCAGCGAGUGCGCAUGCAGCAGAUGCAGCAGCUCCACCGCCGCACGCUCACGCUGAGGCGACAGCUGCAGUCGCAGAUCGAAUGCUGAGAGUCGGUACAUUUUGCAGAUAAACAUCUGAAUGUUGUCCCAAGAUUUUUGCUUUUCUCUUCCGUCUUGAAGUAAAACUAAAUGUGUUUUUUGAGGGCAUUAUUUUGAAUAAACGAAUUGAGCCUUACUGUUUUAUAAUCA